UCAACUGCGAAAACACUGGUGUGAAUUUGAACCGAACCAGUUGAAAAUAGCAACAUUGUAACAACUUUUGGGUCCAAACGCACCACUCUAGCGGACUAACAGGUGUGAAAGCACCCUUAGAUGCUUCCUGAGGCUUUGUUGUAAUCUUUCCAUUCAGUUUAUUAUAUUUGCUGUUUUCCUUGAUUACAUCAAGUGUUUUGUUUUAAUACAGGUAAUAUACAUUUAAUAUCAUAUGUGUUACAUCUAGUCAAGCUUGUUUCACUUUUCACCACUGACCAUGAUUCAAUGGUGAAAAGUGAUAACAUAACUUUCAAAGGGGGGAACAGUUUUCAUGGGCACAGUAAAGUUCUGUCUUGUCUUAUCCCAACAUUAGAUCUAAUAACAUGAAGUGUCUGGAUAGGUCCUCUCCAGAUUUAAGCCGACUCGUCACAGACCACAGAUGUGUGGAUGACUGAGUGGUUUCCCAUCCACUGGCAGUUUGAGUAGCAGACAACAAGGAAUUUCAAUAGAAAUCAUAACAAAAAGAUCAUUACAAUCACAAGAGAUGGCUCAAAUCCAGGAUUGUGAUGGUCAGAUCCUCACAAUAUUUUAAUCCUUUAGCGCUUCAGAGGUCAAGGAUCUCAGAAAUGAAAAGCAGUGGAAGAUUGUAGGUGACUGGGUGUUAUUUAAUAAUUACAGCAUCCCAAGUUCACUUUGUUUUUGACUCUGGUUGGAGUGAAACAACUUUUCAUCCUGGUAUAAAACUCAUCUGUAAAGGUGUGUAAUUUCCACCUUGGAUUAAUAAAGUUAACUUUAUUGUACUGUAGAUGACAUCAUCCUACCUUCAUGUGUCCUGAACUAACUCUGUGAUGUAGUGUGUACCUCCAUGAGCCAGCAGGGGGAGGCAUUAGCUAGUUAAUGGUCAGAGCUGGUGGUUGUGGUUCAUGACGUUCAUGUUUAACAUCACUGGGUAUAAAAGUAGAGAGUCAGGAUGAAGAACAACAAUCAUCUGUGGUUAUAUUUUAAAGAAACGGUUUAGGAGAAAUUCAACAGAGAAUAUGAUGUUGGUGGAGUUUAUAGUGGAGAUUAGUGAAAACUGGUUCUAUCUGGUGUUCAUAAGGAAAUGCUAAUCAUGUUAUUAGUAAUAUUGACAAACAACAUUUUUGUGAACAAAACAUGUACUUAAUUAUUAGGAAAUAGAAUUUUUAAUGUUCAGUUAAACGACAAUUACAACAACUACUACUACAAUUACAACUACUACUAAAAUUACAACAACUACUACUACAAUUACAAUUACUACUACUAUUACAAUUAUUUUUACUACUGCUACUACUAGUAUUAUUACUGCUGCUAUUACUUAUAAUGUUAUCAUUUCUACAAUUAUUACUACUGUUGCUACUAUUUCUACUACUACUGUUAUUAUUACUGCUCGUACUACUGUUACUACUACUGGUAUUACUACUAUUGCAACUACUACUACUACUUUUACUAUGACUAUUACUACUAUUACCAAUACUACUGUUAUUAUUACUGCUACUACUAAUACUACUAUUACUGAUACCACUACUAUUGCUACUACUAUUAUUAUUAUUAUUAUUAUUGCUACUAUUACUACUCGUAUUUUGACAACUAUUACUACUAAUACUAUUAUGAUUACUAUUACCACUACUAUUAUUAUGACUAUUGGUAUUUCUACUACUACUAUGAUGAUUACUACUACUACUAUUAUUGUUACUACUAUUGCUACGAGUAUUUCUGCAACUAGUACUACUAUUACUAUUACUACUACUACUAUUACUACUACUGCUAUUUUUACUACCGCUACUACUGUUAUUACUACCAUUACUACUACUAUUUUACUACUACUACAGCUAUUACAGUUAUUACUACUCCUAUUAUUACUCCUAUUUUUACUAUUACUACUACUAUUACUACAAUUAUUACUACUGGUACUACUACAACUACUACAGUUAUUACUACUACUUCAACUAUUACUACUACCACUUUUAUUAUUACUACCAAUAUUACUACUGCUAUUUUUUACUACAACUACUACUGCUAAUAUUAUUACUACUACUACUAUUACCACUGUUCUUACUAGUACUACUAUUGUUACGACUGUUAGUACUACUAUUUUUACUACUACUACUAUUACUAGUAUUUAUCAAUCUAUACUAAUGUAUUUUGUCUUGAUCUAUGCCUUAUUAUUAUUAUUAUCGGUCUCUAUAUAUGACCACUCUGGAGCGGUCCCUCCGGAGCUUCCUGUCCUCCGGCUCUCACUGCUGCCAUCUUGCCGUCGCCGCUGGACUCUGCUCGGCUGCAGCUCCAGCCUCCAGACCGGACGGAGCUCCGCGGAGUGAAGCAGCACAACCGGCGGCUCUUUUUUCGGCUCCUUCGCGCAGUGUUUUCCUUCUUUUCUUUCCGGCGUCGCGGGCGGAAGCUUGCCCCGGUGCGUAGCUCCGGAGCUGCUCUUUCCCCGCUCACAGCGUCACGUCUCCGGCGAAGAGCUCCGAGCAGGACCGGAGGAUGAACCCGCCGUGUGCCCGCUGUGGAAAGAUCGUCUACCCGACGGAGAAAGUCAGCUGUCUGGACAAGAACUGGCACAAAGGAUGCUUCCACUGCGAGGUUUGCAAGAUGACCCUGAACAUGAAGAACUACAAAGGCUAUGACAAGAAGCCCUACUGCAACGCACAUUACCCCAAGACGUCGUUCACCAUCGUGGCCGACACUCCUGAGAACCUGAGACUGAGGCAGCAGAGCGAGCUGCAGAGCCAGGUGAAGUACAAGAAGGAUUUUGAGGAGAGUAAAGGUCGAGGGUUCAGCAUCGUCUCCGACACUCCGGAGAUGCAAAGACUCAGAAAGACUCAGGAGCAGAUCAGCAACGUACGUACACUAGGACAUCCACUGUGUUGUGUGUUUGUGUGAA